AUGGGGCGGCGGGCGCGGGGCCGGCGGCUCCAGCAGCAGCAGCAGCAGCGGCCGCAGCGCGCGGAGGACGGCGCCGAGGGCGGCGGCAAGCGCCCGGAGGGGGCCUGGGAAGGCGGCUAUCCCGAGAUCGUCAAGGAGAACAAGCUCUUCGAGCACUACUACCGGGAGCUCAAGAUCGUGCCCGAGGGCGAGUGGGAGCAGUUCAUGGGAGCGCUCAGGGAGCCCCUCCCGGCCACUUUGCGGAUCACUGGCUACAAAAGCCACGCAAAGGAGAUUCUUCACUGCCUGAAGAACAAGUAUUUCAAGGAAUUGGAGGACCUGGAGGUGGAUGGUCAGAAAGUUGAAGUUCCACAGCCCCUGAGUUGGUAUCCUGAAGAACUUGCCUGGCACACAAAUUUGAGUCGAAAAAUCUUGAGAAAGUCUCCACAACUGGAGAAGUUUCACCAGUUUCUGGUUAGCGAAACCGAGUCUGGAAAUAUCAGUCGUCAAGAAGCUGUUAGCAUGAUUCCACCACUGUUACUCAAUGCUCACCCUCACCAUAAGAUCUUAGAUAUGUGUGCAGCACCUGGAUCAAAGACCACACAGUUAAUUGAAAUGUUACAUGCCGACAUGAAUGUGCCUUUCCCAGAGGGGUUUGUCAUCGCAAAUGAUGUGGACAACAAGCGUUGCUAUCUGCUCGUUCAUCAGGCCAAAAGGCUGAGCAGCCCCUGCAUCAUGGUGGUCAACCACGAUGCAUCCAGCAUACCUAGACUCCAAAUAGAUGUGAAUGGGAGAAAAGAGAUUCUCUUCUAUGAUCGCAUCUUAUGUGACGUCCCUUGCAGCGGAGAUGGCACUAUGAGAAAAAACAUCGAUGUCUGGAAGAAGUGGACAACCUUGAAUAGCUUGCAGCUGCAUGGCUUACAGCUGCGGAUCGCAACGCGGGGUGCCGAGCAGCUGGUGGAGGGCGGCAGGAUGGUGUAUUCUACUUGUUCACUAAACCCCAUCGAAGAUGAAGCAGUUAUAGCAUCUUUGCUGGAAAAGAGUGAAGGUGCUUUGGAACUUGCUGAUGUGUCUUCUGAGUUGCCAGGGCUGAAGUGGAUGCCCGGAAUCACCCAUUGGAAGGUAAUGACGAAAGAUGGACAGUGGUUUGCAGAGUGGGAAGAUGUUCCUCACAGCAGACACACCCAGAUCCGGCCCACCAUGUUCCCACCAAAGGACCCAGAAAAGUUACAGGCGAUGCACCUUGAACGUUGUCUUAGGAUAUUACCACAUCAUCAGAAUACUGGAGGGUUCUUUGUGGCAGUAUUAGUGAAAAAGUCUUCAAUGCCAUGGAAUAAACGUCCACCAAAGCUGCAGGUGGAGUCGGCGGAGCCCAGAGAGCCUGUGCGGGCCAGCCCUGCGCAUCCCACAGGAGGAGCAGCUGCGGACCCCACUGAGCCGGGAAGUAAAGCCGUCGGUGGGAUGGAGGACACAGACACGAUGGAAAGGCCUGAGAAUGUAGACGACAGCGGAAGUAAGAGAGACGGAGUGUGUGGGCCGCCUCCAUCUAAGAAAAUGAAGUUGUUUGGAUUUAAAGAAGAUCCGUUUGUGUUUAUUCCUGAAGAUGACCCGUUAUUUCCACCUAUCCAGAAGUUUUAUGCGUUGGAUCCUUCAUUCCCAAAGAUGAAUUUGUUAACUAGAACUACAGAAGGGAAGAAAAGGCAGCUGUACAUGGUGUCUAAGGAGCUGAGGAACGUGCUGGUAAACAACAGCGAGCGGAUGAAGGUUAUAAACACUGGGAUAAAAGUGUGGUGUCGGAAUAACAGCGGUGAAGAGUUCGAUUGUGCUUUUCGUCUGGCACAGGAGGGAAUAUACACGUUGUAUCCAUUUAUCAAUUCAAGAAUUAUCACUGUGUCGAUGGAAGAUGUUAAAAUUCUGUUAACCCAGGAAAAUCCGUUUUUUAGAAAACUUAGCAGUGAGACAUACAGCCAAGCCAAGGACUUGGCUAAGGGGAGCAUCGUCCUGAAGUACGAGCCGGACCCUACGAAACCAGACACCCUCCAGUGCCCCAUUGUGCUAUGUGGAUGGCGGGGAAAGGCCUCCAUUCGGACUUUUGUGCCCAAGAACGAACGGCUUCAUUAUCUCAGGAUGAUGGGGCUGGAGGUGUUGGCAGAAAAGAAGAAGGAGGGGACUUCUCUGGCACAGGAGAGUACGGGCAGCUCUGGGCCGCCAGAGGACGAGGUGAGUGCUGAACCCGGAGCAGACCCAGCAGCCAGUGUGGACGCCAGCGCAGAUGCCACCGUGGACACCCCCUCGGACGCCCCUUUGGACGCCAGCACGGGUUCCUCAGACCCUGCCCCGACGGAGACCUCCCUGCCCCGGUGAGGCCAUCCUGCGCCGACAAGGAUGCCCCGGCAGCACCUAUGCACACAGGCUGCAGGGGCCUCCACCUCAGUGUCCAAAGCCAGACCCAGAACUUCUCAUCUGUGUGAAGUACAGAUUUUUGAAGACUGGAGAGGAUAGAAUGAUAUCAGUACUGCUUUUAUAUAUAUUUUUUAGCUUGUUAGAAGUUGCUCAUUUUCCUGUUUCUUUGGCAAAGCUGGGUCCCUUGUGCCUGUGGCUGGUGAUAGACCGUCACUGUUACAGUCUUAUUCCUGUCAAGACACACAGCUGCCCUGGCGGGAAGUUUCAGGUCCCUUUUAUUAUGGCUAUGUUGGUUUUAUGGUCCCGUGUUUCUUUUAAUUAUUAUUUAUAGAAAGAAUCUAUAACUCAUGGGUCUCGUAGACUGCGAGGACUAUGGAGUUGCACAUUCACAGUGCACGGUACUGUGGUCUCAGAUGACUUCUGUGCCUUUGUAACAAAAGGUGAAAUAAACUUUUUCUCAGAGUAAGAGCUGUCUUAUGAUACUAAUUGGGGUUUUAUGUGCUUUUGCUGAUGGAGUGCUUUGCAAUUCUGGUUUUUAAAUGAGGUUGGGGUCCCUGGAACGGAUAAAUAAAUUAUUAAUGACAAUGUG